GGCUGUUUUUAAAAAGGCAAGCCUAGUCUGAAGUUGAUCAGUCUGCUUAGAAAAGUUCUCCAGAGGGGAAACUGUUGGAAUCGCUUAAAAAGAAAAAAAGGAAAAGGAGCUAGGCUUUUCUACACAGACUUGCAGUUGGUUGCAGACAGGACACCAUUUUUUAAACAAAAGAAAGGAUUUUAGAGUAUUCCACAAUCUGGUCGUUCUGCACUUUUUAAUAUUGGAUUUUCAUUUAAAAAUAAGGAAAAAAAUCAAACUUUGCUUCAUUCUGCGAAAACGUCAUUUUUUUACACCUGCAGAUUAGCACAACUGUAUUUUUAGAACUCUCGAAAAGAAUACAGGUGCGCGUGGAUGCUAACAUUUUUUUUUUAAUAAACUUCCAAAGGCUUUGAUAUCAGCUUCCAGAAAAAAAGUCAAAUCUGACGUGCGGUGGCAGAUCAUUUAAACAUUUUGUUUAAAUAUAUAAAAUUAUACAUAUAUUUAAAAAAACGAGUUGCUUUUUGAGAGAAGAAAAUGAUCCUCGGGUUUUUUAUGUUGGUGACAUUUUUCUUGGGACUGUCUGGGUGCCUAGGGUCUUAUGUGCCUUGCGAGCCCUGUGAUCAAAAAGCCCUUUCAAUGUGCCCGCCGGUCCCGGUCGGCUGCCAACUUGUUAAGGAGCCUGGCUGCGGGUGCUGCCUGACCUGCGCUUUAUCAGAAGGUCAGGCGUGUGGUGUGUAUACCGGAACAUGCACGCACGGGCUCCGGUGCUUGCCUCGGAGCGGUGAGGAAAAGCCGCUUCACGCCCUUUUGCAUGGCAGGGGAGUCUGCACAAAUGAGAAAGGAUACAAACCGCACCAUCAACCGAUUGAGCGAGAAUCACGAGAACAUGAAGAACCAGUGACAGCUGAAAUCACAGAGGACCUGCACCCUGCCAAAGUGCCUCUCCAUCCUAAAGACCCCAUCCGUGGCAAGAAGGCAGAAGCGCUGCGUAAGGAAAAGAAGAGACUGCAGGAAAAAUCCCGAUCUGUUGGCAAUUUAGAUUACUCUCCACUCCCCAUUGACAAGCAUGAGCCAGAAUUUGGUCCCUGUCGAAGAAAGCUUGAUGGAAUUAUCCAAAAGAUGAAAGAUACGUCUCGGAUUAUGGCCCUGUCUUUGUAUCUUCCAAACUGUGACAAAAGGGGCUUCUUCAAGCGCAAACAGUGUAAGCCAUCCCGUGGGCGAAAACGAGGAAUAUGCUGGUGUGUGGACAAGUACGGGGUUCAGCUGCCGGGCACUGACUACAGUGGAGGAGACAUCCAAUGUAAGGACCUGGAGAAUAGCAACAUCAAUGAGUGAGGAACAGCUCUCCCUGAACACAUGACCCAGGGCCUGCCUCCUUCCUUCCUGCCCGUCCGCCCGCCAGUCACUUUGAGAUUCAAAAUAAAAAAAGGCAUAUGAACCUUUGACUGUGCACUCAACUCUAACUAGCUGGACCCAGUAGGGCUAGCCCUUUUUCUGUCUAUUAUGUGACCUCUCUGAACAAAAUGAGCUGGGUCUGAGCAAUUCAUUUGUAAAAAUAUAUACAUAUAUUUAUAUAUUUUUAUAGAAGCUGAGGUUUGAGCACCAAACUUUAUUUCUUUUAAAGUUUAAUUAAAGCAACAAAAGGCACGUCUGUGAAAAAAGGCUUUGUCUUUCACGUCUAUUACUUUGUGGCAUCAGGAGAGAUACCAGGAACUAAUAAUAUAGGCAGAAUGAUGAUGCAUUUGUUUGUUUUUCAAAAACAAAAACACAUGAGGUAGGGAUCUGCUGAAACAGUUCUCACUAUCCAGGUAUUUGUCCUGUCAGAGCACUUAUUUUGUAGGGGAACCUCAUUUGCUUCUUAAAUUUAUGAUUUCUUUAGGUUCAAUGUAUGUGUUUUUGUGAGUGUGUUGAGAGAGCGAAUUUAUAAAAGAAUGUCUUUUUUCCUGUCAUUGACACUUCCACGAUGUUUCCUGUGUAUUAAUACUGAUAAAGGAAUCUUUCUGGAAGCACACUCUAACGUCCUAUAGAGAUAGGGUGUUUCUGAAUUUAGGAACCAUAGACCAAGCUUAAAACCAGCAUUCUGUGGGCAAAUAAAUAAUAUGACUCCUUUAAUGGUCCAUUUUACCAGUUGUGCCUAUGUAAACAGAAACUGUCAAACAAAUCACAUUAAUUUUCACAAAGAGUGCUAUUUCUGCUGCCUAAAAGAGGUCAAGCAAUACAAUUUAUAUAUCUUUGUUGUUUUAAGGGAUUCUGUCUUCAAAUAUGCAGAGCUUUGAAACUUGAUUGGAAACUGUGAGACUGCAUGAUGUGGUGGCAUGACCACUAUCUCUGUCACCUAGAGUAUCUGAUACAAUAUAUCUAUUCACAGUUCAAAAUUGUUGGUGGUAAAAAUGUUUGCUUGUUUUUUUGUCACACAGAGAUCACUUUGCAACUUUUUUAAAGGAUUUUGCAUUAUUUUUGAUUGAUGUAGCUACUGCAUUGCCUAUUGUUUUCUGAAUUCCUUUGUAAAACAGUUUCAUUACUCCAAAGUUUUAACAGACAAAUAAAGCUGUCUUAAGGUUUUGUGAAGAUGAUGCAUAGUCUCAAAUAUAGUGAACGUGGUGCAUUGACACAAAAAUAAGCUAAUAGAUUCUCUGGGGUAUUGUCUGGUUUGAUUCAGUUUGUGCUGUAUUCUUUCCUUCAGUGAAGAAAUAGCUUGCUAGUUACUGAGCUGUGUUUUUGAAUGUUAUUCAGUCAAUUAGUCUGAAUAAGAUUCUGAAUAGAGACAAUAAAACAUGUGUAAUCUAGGUUUUAGUGUAGGUUCGUUUCUGUUACAAAGAGCUAGGGAAAAAGCCUGGCCCCUGCACAAGGGUUUUUUUGUGUACUUGAGCCAGUGUCCUUUAAAAAGAACUAAAGCACAAGCUUUCAUUAUGAUGAUGUAUUUGCAUAGUUUAUUUCAGUCUGUCACAACUGAAAGAUUGUUGUUCCUCUUAACUUAUUUGUUUCGAAUUAUAUCAGCAUGUUAAGUCAAUUGUAAAUUGAAUUCUUGAAUCACCAAUCGAAAAAGAAAAGGAAAAAAUAAAUACACUGAAAUAAAAUACACACACUAUCACAACAGGGUCAUUUAGAUUGUGGCCUUAGACCUGUAUGGAAAUGUGAGUGCCUUUUCUACAUGCAAAUAUUUUAGAUAUUUGAAUGGAGUUUUAAAUAGAGGCCUAGAAUAUAUAUGCCGAUAAAUUAAAGUAAAUGACUUGGAGAUACCCAUGUAACAUAAUAGUAAUUAUGAUAUAUUGUAGCAACCGCAAUUAAUCCAGCCAUAUAAUACUGGCAAAUAAAGGUGUAUUGUCUGCUGUUUAGCAAACUGCACUUUUUUCUAGUUCAGUGGAUGUUCUCUGUUAAGCUGAUUUUUUUUUCAAUUGGAAUGAUGAAAAUGUUCUUUUAUGUCACAAAAGUACCUCAGCAUAACACAAAUGUGUGUCUAGAUAAAUGUGACAAGCGAUGAACAGUACAGAUAACUUCCAAUUCAUAUAUUUCUGAAUAUUCAAAGUGACCAUUCCAUACUUGAAGCCACAAUUUGAAGUUUAUUUAUUAUUAAUAUUACGACCACUUUUUUGGUCAUUUUGUAGUCCCUAACUGCCUACAUCAGAACGGAGCAGAAAGGCUUUUAAUGAGUGAUGCCAGAUCACUGGAGCAUCACAACAUAUCAAAGAUAGUCUUGUUGUCCCGCAGCUUUAAUUUUGGUUUUCUCGGCAUGAAUGGUUGUGCCUCUUCAGAAAAAGAUGAAGAUGAAUUCUCAGAUGACUUGAUUGAUAGAUUGGACCCCUGUUUCUAUAGGCAAAUAUGAAAUCCUUUGAUAUAAUACACAGUUUGUACCGCAAUUGGAAAUAGAAAUAUAAAACAUAACUUAAAUCUACUUAUCCCAAAGGCUUUACUACUGCUUUGCUGUUUUUAAUAUUUAAAAUAGGACAAUAAAUGAAAAAGAUAGGUAUAAGUAUACUUUAUAAUAAAUCCACUAAGCAUUUUAAAUUCCAAAACUUGUCAAUUAAUUUCGGAUUUCUUUGUGGCUCAUAAAAUUUCAAUAAUUGAUCACAGAUUGAUCUAUAUAUAUUAAAAAUAGAACACAUUUUACUUUGCCAAUCUCUGGGGAAGCACUGCAUUUUCAGAACAAUGCAACACCCAUAGCACUCUCUUCUUGCUCUUACGGUUAUCCCAUUGAGCAGAUCAGUUUGCAUAAAAGCAAAAGCAGCCUUCAUCUGCUGCAUUCAGUGCACUCAAAUCCUGUCACAGAAUAUUUUAGUGCAGUUAUCAUUCAGACAACAAGUAAUGAGCAGCCAGCAAUUUGUAUGUUUAAAAAACACAAAUGUUAUCCAGAUUGAUUUUUGCAUUACGGCUUUGUGAAAAAGAAAAUUUCUAUAAACUUUGAAAACGAAAUUGAAAAGAGGAAUGCAAAAAUUCCACAGUCUUUUAUGGAUGUGUACCUGUGUAUUACUUUAAAAGCAAACUGAGCCCUGGGUCUAUAAUCGUGUAAAAUGUGCACACAUGCUGGAAAAGCCAUAAACAAGUUUGGUAUUCAUGUUAAAUCGGCAUGAACACAGAGACUUGUAUAGAAUGUUCUUUAAACUAAAAUAAAUCUUUUUUCAAAGCUUUUGAGCCACUCUUAAAAGCACUGUUAAUGUCUGGCAUUCAGUCAGCUCCAUCUUAAAUUUCUAUCAUUAACACCAGAAAUUGAAAUAAACUCAGCUGAGAAAGCAGCUUGCACUUAAAAAAAAUGACUUCUUGCUGUACCUUUAAUAGCAAAUUCCUUUUACUUUAAGGAACAGAUGCUGCUUUCCAUUGGAGGUUUUCUUUAAUAAGGUUUAGAAUUACUUUGACAGGGGCUGUGCAGCCCAUGCCUGGGGUGUGGAACAAAUUCAGUUAAGUAUAACAAUACUACUAAUAUAAAAACAAAUUCCGCUACUACACAACAAAAAGAAUUUCUGUCUUAGAGUCAUUUGGAAAAGAGCACAGAACAGUCAGGGAUUUAUCAGAACUCUGGUCUCUGACAGGCAAUUGCUAAAGGGUGACACAAUCAGCACUAGCAUCACAUAGAUGCACUUAGCAAAUGACAAAGAUCUUUGGAAUCUGAGAACUGUAGAAAUAAUGGAGGUAGUAAUCAUAAUUAUUUUCUUCCUGCUCACUCCCUUUUUCCCUGGUAGAACUGUUCCUAAACACAAGGUGAGCGAGAAUGUACAUUUCCCUUUGGUUUGUCGAAGUGUUAACAAAAGGCAUCAGUCUGUCACAGUGAGACAAAAAAAUAAAUGUUUUGCAAAGACAAGAUAGUUUUUUUUUUAUUAAAGUCUAAUAAAAUAGUUUCUUCCAGCAGGUUAAUGUAGUUUAUUUUAUAUGGCCUACAGAGUUAUCCUCCUACUAUGUGCUGGAAUGGUUAUUUUCCUCUUGAAAUACUACAUUCAACAUCAUAUUUAGAGCAACUAAUUAAUUGCAAGGAUCUCAACCAAAGAAAAAGCCUGAAAAGAACUUACAUUUCGUACAAAAUUCAGAUCUAGGUUGCUCACCACACUUUUUAAAUGGGAGAGGAUUAUGAUCAUAUAUAUACAAACAUUUAUCUGGAAAAUAGUUUCUGAAAUUUCUUUAAAACAUGCCAUUUGAUGCAAAGCAUCCUCAUGUUCAGGUGCUACAAAUGACAGUAAAUUACAGAGCUCUGAUGAUAAAGAUCUGGAUUUUAAUAGCUUUGUUAUUUAAAAUAGAAAUGUAAAAGUUCAAAUACACCACUUAAAACCAGACUUAAUUGUUAGGUUUUUUUAAUUAGCCUAACCCCAGAAGUGUCCUCCAAUCAGAUUCUGUGUCUCCUACCUGGUAAGACUACAGCAAUAAUCACAGCUCUCAUUACAGUAGCUAACUAUAGCUUCUUUUGAAUGCCGAACUUUUUUUCAUGGAGAAGAAACAAACUAUUCAUUAUCUUAACAUAAUGUAAACUGGUUUGUGAAAAAAAAAUGUGGCAGGAGAAAAAUGUUCAGCAUUUGGAACUUUGCUGAAAAAAUAAAAAAAUCUCAAUUUAUUAAGUGAAUAUCACUGUGUAAUAUUUAUUCAUCCUGUAAUUUAUGUACUCCUUUAACCUUUGUCUUUUUGUUAUGACAAAGCAUUUAUUUAAAUAAAGUUGUGUAUUCAUUUAAACCUUG